UUUCAGUUCUCCUGCUGUUGUCUCUGACAUAUUGUGAGAGUUCAGUUCAGCAGGACGAUGCUCCUUCCACUGAUGUUAUGGAUGGCAUUGCUCUGUCACGUCUCUGAUGGCCGGACUUCCUCUCAAAGACACAAGAGGACAGUUUGGGGACCUAAUAUGCGAAUAGUUGAGCCGGUCAUCGACCAUUCUCCAACGUUUUAUGUUUUAGCUCCAGCAAAGAUAAGACCUGGAACAAAACAGAACAUCCUGCUGGAGGGUCACAAACUCUCCCGGCAAUUAACAGUCUCCAUCAUGGUCUAUGAUUACCCAGACUCCCAAACUGCCUUAAUGAGAGGCUCUGUUAUCCUCAAUUCAAAAAACAACUACAGCGCCCUCAAAACCAUCGAGAUUGAUCCAAAUGUGCUACAACCAGAUGGAAAGAAGAAAUAUGUGAAGGUUGUUGCUCAGUUUAGAGCAUUCCAUCGUGCAGAAAGAGUAUUACCGGUGUCGUUCCGCUCUGGAUACAUCUUCAUUCAGACUGAUAAACCGGUUUACAACCCUGGAGACAAUGUGCGUUGCAGGGCUUUUGUGUCUGACACUGAAUUACGUGCUGCUGAGAGGACCAUUUCUCUGGAGAUUCAGAAUCCAGAUGGUAUUGCAGUAUAUGGUAUUUCUAGAGCCAAAGCAAUCGAUGGAAUACUCUCUAACACCUACCCCCUCUCAUCUGUGGUCAAAGAGGGCAAGUGGAAAGUUGUUGCGAAGUUUGAUCAGGGAAAAGAGAACAUUUUCAGCCGAGAGUUUGAAGUCAAGAAAUAUGUCCUCCCAGCGUUCAACGUCACUUUGACUCCAAAGACAUCCCACCUCAGACUAGACGCAGAAAAGUUGGAGGUAGAAAUAACAGCCAGGUAUCUUUAUGGUGAACCAGUGAAAGGUGUUGCAUAUGUGCUGUUUGGUAUUGAAAUUGAUGGUGAAAAGAAGAGACUCACAUCUAUGAAGCAACUAAAUGAUCUGAAUGGAGGACAUGUUAGUUUGACUUUGGAAGAGAUAAAGAAGGCCUAUCUUGACACAAACAGCUUACUGGGGUCUUCUGUGUACGUCAAAGCAUCAGUAAUGACCAGCUCAGGUAGUCACCUUGUGGAAGCAGAGAAAUCUGGCAUUAAAAUAGUAAUGUCACCCUACAUGCUAUCUAUCAGAGACACACCAAAGUAUUUCAAACCUGGCCUGCCAUUAGCCAUGACGGUUACUGUGAGUGACCACGAUGGAUCUCCAGCCCAUAAUACUCCUGUUAAAAUCAGCUUUCUUGAAAACCCAAUCACCGUACACAGCGGGACCAUCAAAGUCUCCAUCAACUUGCCUGUGAAGUACAGCUCAACGAUACUGAAAGUGGAGACAGCAGAUCCUUCACUGAAACCAGAACAGCAGGCUGUUCAAGAGAUGCGUGUGGAGUCAUAUGUCUCUUUUAUCGGCUACAGGAACUACCUGCACAUCUCAGUGGGCAACAGUCCAGUGGUGGUGGGCAGCACACUCAACAUCCAAGCUCACAUCAAAUCUAGCCCACCAGAACGAAGAAAACUUGUGGAGCAGCUGACGUAUGCUGUGUUAAGUAAAGGAAACAUAAUCCACGCUGCUAGGAUAAAUGUCAAAGACCUGGUCGUCAUAAACAUUCCUCUGCUGAUUACCUCAGAAAUGCUACCUGCGUUUCGCUUUGUGGCCUUCUACAUUUUGCCAUGGCAGCAUAGUCCAGACGUGGUGGCAGACUCUGUGUUUGUGGAUGUGGAGGACCGGUGUGUUGGUUCGCUCAGUAUAGGUCCAGUGGAGGAAGAAAAACUCAAUUCGUACUCACCAGGCAGCAGCAUUACAUUUGAAGUGAAAGGAGACCCAGGGGCAAAGGUCAGCCUGGGAGAUGUUCUUGAGGAGUGCAUUUUCUUUGGUUUGUUUGGAAUAGAUUGUUCCAGUAGAUCUAGAAGAAGACGUUCUCCUGCCAAACUGCAGCUUAGAGAGCAACUUGAGAAGGCGUAUUCUGACGAGUUCCUGCAGAGAUGUUGUGUGGACGGCAUGAGGGAGAUUUCCAUGCCGUAUUCCUGCUACCGUCGCUCCCUCUACAUCACCGAGGACUGGAGCUGUGUGUUGGCUUUCCUUCGCUGUUGUGCGGAGUACAGAGGGGAGGAGCUCGCUGUCGUUACCAGACCCCCGACAACCACCCCUCCACCAACCACCACCCCUGUACACACCACCACCAAGCUACUUUCUUACCGGCGUUAUGUUUAUCACUAUCCUUCAAAAACUAUUGUCAGCGAACCUUCGACCCAUUUUGAGCGCAUCCACACACCUGAGAUUGCAGUACGUGAGAACAGUCAUGCUGACAAGAUGAAAGAAGAAGAAGAGGAGGUGGAAGAGUUCGAUGAAGAUGAUUUAGCUGACUUAGAGGACAUUUACGUGCGCAGCAAGUUCUUCGAGUCGUGGCUGUGGACUGACAUUAGAUUACCCAAUGUCACCAAGUCUGAUGGGUUGGCUGUAUUUCCAGUAAACACUGUUCUUCCUGACAGCAUCACUCAGUGGGGGUUUCUAGCCGUCAGUGCUUCACCUCAGACAGGUUUCUGUGUAGCUGAACCGUAUAACGUCCGGGCGUGGAAGCCGUUUUUCAUAGAUCUGCGGCUACCUCACUCAGUGUCCAGAAAUGAACAUGUGGAAAUCAAAGCUGUGGUCCACAACUACAGGAACUCAAAACUGGAGGUCAUGGUGAUUCUGGAGAAGACAGAGGACAUGUGCAGCGUAGCAUUUAGUGGACAGCACAGACAGCAGGUUUCGGUACCGGCCGGCUCCUCCAAGCUGAUUUCCUACACCAUCAUCCCUCUUAAAACAGGAGAGCUCCCUCUACAGGUCACAGCCGUCGCAGCCUCCUUCAUGGGGCAGGAUGCAGUGAGGAAGAAUCUGCGUGUGGUAGUCGAAGGCAUCCAGACAAUUAAAGUGAGGAGCUUUGUGCUGAACCCCUCUGAGAAAGGAGACAGCGCUGGUAGACAGCAGAUAGAAGUGGAGAAGAUGCAGUUGGACGCCGUUGUGCCAAAAUCUCUGCCGGAGACAUUUGUCAGUGUCAGAGGUGAUUUGCUGGCAGACAGCAUUGAUAACUCUAUUAAGGAGGACUCUCUGGCAGCGUUGAUCCGGAUGCCCGGCGGGUGUGUGGAGCAGAACCUGGCCAGAAUCACUCUGCCCCUCAUUGCCGCCCAUUACCUGGACCGCAGUGGAAACUGGGACGCUGUGGGAAUAGAUCGCAGACAAGAGGCCAUCAAAUACAUCCAGACAGGGUAUGAAAAUCAACUUAAUUACCGGAAAAAGGAUGACUCGUACCCUCCCUACGCCAAAGAAGGCACCAGCACAUGGAUCACUGCAUAUGUGGUGAAGGUUUUCUCCAUGGCAAAAUCAUUUAUUAGCAUCAAUGAGAAGCAUCUGUGUGGCCCUCUGGUGUACCUGCUCAAGAAUAAACAGCAUCCUGAUGGAUCCUUUCAGGAGGACAAUCCUGUCUACGACACCAGUAUGAUGGGAGGCCUCCGCGGUUCUGAAUCCAGAGUGUCUCUGACCGCAUUCGUGAUAAUUGCUUUGGCAGAGGCACAAAAUGCUGUUACCUGCCAAGAGCCAGGCCUCAACAUACAGGACAAGUCUAGAAGAGCAGCGCUGUAUCUAAGAGGGCAUUUCCCCCGACUGACGAGGCCAUACACAGCAGCUAUAACAUGCUACGCUUUAGCAGUAUCCAACCACGGCUGCAUGAAGAGCAUGUUACUAAAUUUAGCCUCGCCUGAUCGUACCCACUGGCCUGACUCUAGUAAUUAUUUCUUCACGCUGGAAGCUACUGGCUAUGCGUUGUUAGCGCUGAUCAAAGGUGGCCACAUGGAAGAGGCAGCCGCCCCCUUUCGAUGGCUUAACGAGAAGCGUGGCAUUGGGGGAGGAUACGGCUCUACACAGUCCACUAUGGUGGUGCUACAGGCCCUGUCUGAGUACCUGGUGAAGAGGCCUCCUCCUCAUGACCUCAAUCUGUUGGUGCAGCUCAGUGUUCCCGGUCGCAGUGACGUACGCUGGACCUUCAAUCCAAAAGUGGCAUAUGUGGCCCGAUCUUCACGGGUGCCUCUUGACCAGAAAUUCAGAGUGGAGGCUUCUGGGAAGGGCAAGGGAGUUUUGGAGGUAGUGACAGUGUACCACCAGCUUCCUGAUGUGUAUGAGAACAGCACAUGUAACGGCUUUCAGCUGGACGUCUCCAUCGCUGAGACUAAUGAAAAACCCCCACCGGAUGUAGAAAAGUCAUACAGACUUAGUAUCAACGUGAAGGCUCUAGAGGGACGCCAAGUAAGGAUGGCAAUUCUGGACAUCAGCCUGCCCACCGGCUUUGAGCCUGAAAACGCCGAUUUAGAGUUGCUCACAAAUUCGGUGGAUCGCUACAUCAACAACUUCCAAGUGGUGGACAACCUGAGCGACAGAGGAUCCCUCAUAAUUCACCUGUUUAAGGUGUCCAGUACUCAGACAGACGUGAUCUCAUUCAGACUGCAUCAAAAAUUUAAAGUGGGACUCCUUCAGCCUUCUACUGUCACAGUGUACCAGUACUACAACAAAGAUAAACGCUGUAGCAGGUUCUACUCUCCUCCAGAAGACAAAGAGCAGCUUGAUCAGAUCUGCAAAGACAAUGUGUGCCGCUGCUCACAGGGUGACUGUUGUGUAAUGAAGGAAGACUCCUCGUCUUUCAGUAAAGAACACAGGAAGGCCGCUGUGUGCAAUGGAUUACAUCAUGCCUACAGGGUCAAACUGAUCAGCGUCAGCCAGAGUCACUACGACCAGUAUGAGAUGGAGAUUGUGCAGGUUAUCAAAGAGGGGACAGAGGAAGGCCUGAACGAGAAGGAACGGAGGAUGUUCCUCUCUCAUGCAAGCUGUAGGACAGGACUUGGUUUGAUCGAAGGUCAGGACUAUCUGAUCAUUGGGCCCAUCACUGAUGUUUGGCAUGCAGGGAGCACUUCCAACAAGUAUGUGUAUACGUUGGGUAAGGACACAUGGGUCGAGCGCUGGCCGUCCGAGUCUGAAUGUGGGGCUGGAUCCGCACUGGAGGUGAAAUGCGGCGAGCUGAAAAGCUUCACAAAGGACAUGACAGAAAGCGGCUGUCAGACUUGAGACAGAUGUUGGUUUUUGAACAUACAGUACUAAUGGCAAAACUGUGGAUUUUAAGUCUACGGCACAUUUACAUGCAUUAAAAAAAACAAAAAAAAACACGACUACCAAAAUUAUGCUAACUGACAGUAAUUUAAUGCUACAUUUGUAACAGAAUGUUUGUAAAAACAAACUAAUACCUUGAGGACAUAUUGUACUGUGUAUCAAAAAGUGUUACAAAACUGAAACAUUUGUUCCCAAAAGUAAAACGAUGGAAUGAAUUAGUACAACAUGGCCAUGAAAAUAAAACAACUAAACAAAUAAAACAAUAUAGGCACAAUUUCAUGAAAAUAAAACAUCAAAAUAAAUUCAAAUGAGGGAAUAAAUUAAUACAGCAUGACCACAAUUUAAAGUUAAAACAACAAAACAAACUGGUUCAACUUGGCCUUGAUUUAGCAAAAUUGACAAAACAAAUUAGUACAAUGUGGCCACAAUUUAACAAAAACAAAAGAAACAAACAAAAAAUACCCAAAACAAAUUGGUACAACAUGGCCAUGAGUUAACAAAAAUAAAACAAAGUAACAUUUUGGUACAAUGUGGUGGAGCUGAUGAAGGAAGAAGCCAGGGAGGAGCAGAUGGAGGGAGGAGCCAGGACCAGGAGGAACCAGGUGGGACCCAGACCACAGCCAGAAAGGCGGUCCACGGUGGAGCCGAUGUAGGGAGGAGCCAUGAUGGAGGAAGGGCUGACGACUCCAGGGGGCCGACUGACGGAGGCAAAGCCGGUGAUAAGGGAGCCCAGAGAGAGUUGUAAAGCUAGGACAACGCAGAGGAUCCAGAGGGCCAAGGCGGAGCCAAUGGCUCAGGCAACCGUGGCACAGGUGGGGAUCUGGAAAUCCGUGGUGGAGUUGGAGCGACAAAGGACCAAGGUGGAGCCUGACAGGGUCAGACGGACAGAGGGAGGAGGUGAAGCAGAAGGAGAGUAGUCCCAAGGCGACAGCAGGUGCGGAGCCGGAGGGACGAGGGAGCCUGGAGGACUGAUGGGCCACGG